AAAUACUGAUGGCAGGUACACACUACAGGAUUGUUCAAACCUUCACAGAUUAGGAGACCACACACUUGAUGACAACAAAAGACAGAUCGCACUAGAUCUCUCUCUGCUGAUCUUAUAGUGUGUGGCGUUCUCCGUAGUGCACACCACACACUAACUAAUUCUUCAGCAGAGUAUCAGGUUCUUCAGGCUCAAUAUUACAAAUCUCGCGUGGUCAAACUUGACCUCAGUUUAAACAAACAUGGUGGACGAAGCGGAAGAUGCAGUGGUGGUUGUUUUAGGCUGAAAAAAACAAAACCAAAACAAAACAACUGUGGGAAAAGUCAUGGAGACGGCGAGAGUGUGGGCUGUAUGCGUUACAGCGCGAGUUGGAGGACAAUUCAUCCCGAUUAUCCUGUAGUGUGUACCCGCCUUAAGUAGAGUGUGUCUGGGUAGCAGCAGAGCUCAGGUCAGCAGCUGUGCAUCUGAAGAGCAGGAGGAGACUGCUUGAGCAAGUUGCCGGGAACUCUAACAUGGACUACAACAAGAAGGCAGGGCCGAUGAGAGGAGUUUCUCUGGAGGGUGGUCCGGAUGCCUGUGACAUAGACAUGACUGAUCUGGAGUGUUACAACUUAGGUGGGACCACUCUGGAGGUAAGCCAAGAGAACCCAACAACAGAAGGUCCACCAGGAGGCUGCACAGGUGCAGAUAGGCAGUGGGCUGGGUAACUGAUGUGCAGGCAAGAGGCUAAUGGCCAUUGGUACAGUGGCUACAGACUGGGAGCAGAAAUUGGAAGAUGCAGAGGAGUCUGGAAUGACUGGUCUGGAAAUCUGGAGGGCAUCUGGGGGACGGAUGGAUAAUGCCAAUGGCAGCAAAGCUUCAGAAAAAUGGGCUAAGUGGGAAACGAAUCAGGAUGCAGAUGUGUCCUCCACCAGGUUGAUGGCUCUGUUUUUAGACGUGUCGGCCUCACGCAGGAAAGAUGUGGCUAAAGUUGCAAGGGAAGCAAAUCACUCCUCUGCUGUCAAUAUAGUAUGUACAGUAUAAAAGUGCUGGAAACAUCUUUACACUAAAGCAUGCCAUACUGUGGUAAUGGAAUCAAUCAAUAUCAGCUGCUACGACUAUGAAAGGCUGUAUAACCAUUACUUUUGAGUCAGCCAAGAAAAAACAAAAAUACCACCUCCAGCAUGUACCACCUUAUACUAAGACAGAAAAAGGUUUCCCUGUGUGGAACCACCUCCAUUUAGUUCACUGGUGAUGAUACAGUCAUGGCCACAAGGCGGUGAAUGAAAAUUGCUUCUACACAGCUGUCUGAAAUGGAAGGAAACAUAAGGACAACUUACACAAAAAUGUAAGAUUUAAACAUACAGACAACCUCAGAACCAUCUGAUAAUCUGAUGAGAUCAUUUUUGUUGCCUGAUGUAACAGAAGUUGUGUGUAUCUUUUACAUUGGAUGAUGAGAUUGAAUUUGAUAAUCUUGCAUAAAAGUUCUGAUGUGUCAUUUGUAUGCAACAAAAAAUUCUAUUGUUCUUCUAUUGGUGUUAUUUUUAUAAAAUAACACCAUCUGAAGAAUGUCUUAACAUUCUGCGUCAGCACGUUUUCUUCCUGAAAGCGUGUUUGUGGUCAGCUUGAUGAACAGCAUAAGCAACUUAAAAAACACCCCACCUCUUCGGUUGAAAGCACCCUGAAAGCACUGGAGCACAGUUCAGUUGCGGACAUUGCACAGUUACAGCCACACGCGCCAUGAAGAGCUUCACCUUGAUAGCAGCUUUGACUCUCUGCAGCUUUAGCUGGAUCUCUGCCUCAGUCUCUCAGUCUCAGACUGUGGAGGCUCAGCCUGGUGAAGGAGUCACACUGUGGUGCAACAACACCUACAACAAUGGUGCUGUGAUAUUCUGGUUCAGACUGGUCGACAGAACCGAGGUCAGCUGUGUCUCUGUCAUGAUCCAUUCCAAAGAAGCUAAAUACUGUGAAGGAUUUCAAAAUGGGAAAUUUGAAAUGAGAAUCAGCAACAACACUGUCUCUCUCAAAAUGCAUUUUGUGGUUAAAUCUGAUGCAGGACUGUAUUUCUGUGGAUUUUACACUAGUGGAAUUAUCACUUUCAGUGUCACACGUUUAAAUGUCAAAGGCUACUUUUAUCCUUACUUUUUUUCUUUAAAAGGCGGCAAUGAGCCACCUGGUGACGAGGACAGCGGAGAUAAAAGAGAGUCUGGAGGAAUAGCAAUGCUGACGAGUGUGAUCGUGGGUGCUCUGACUUUUGUCCUUGUACUGGUCAUCAUCGGUCUGGUUGUGAAAGUCAGGAAACUUCAGACAGCUGCCACUGAAGAAAAUAAUCCACAACAGUGUGAGAAUCUGCUCUCUGAUCAGCUGAAGGAUGCAGCUGUGAGAUUUUACCCGACAUCAGUAAGAAGCAGGAGGCCUGCAUCAGAGAGAGAAGUGGAAACUCAUAUCAUUUAUACUGCCAGCAGACAGACUCAGAAGGUUUUGUCUGACCUUGGUCACUGUCCAGAUCGAGCAUAGUUAGAUAGAGGUCUGCAGCAGUGGAGGAGUGAGUGAGGUUCACCUCACUUGUUUGACAGGAAGAGGCAGCGCAGUGUGGUCUGAGCACAACUGAAGGGAAGACCGCGAGGUCUGUUAGAUCAACGCACUGUGGAAAUGAAGUCUGAAAUAAAUGAACUGGACAUUUCAACUGUUACAUGCGUGAAUUAAAAAAAAUAAAAGCUAUUUUAAUGUA